GUCAGGUGACAUGCACCGGCGUGGCGACAGAUAGGAGAACCACACAUCAUACUCCACAUCAUGGUCAUCCCUGUAUCUCUGCUCAUGUGUAUCCUCGGUACUGCCAUCAUUUGGGUCGACUCUUUCGGACCUUCCGCUGGGCCUUUCGAUAUUGAACUGAAGCAAAUGGAGCAAUGCGAGGACCAAGGCACGAAGCAAAUGGUCCUCACUCCUAAAAUAAACAACGCAGGGCAAGGGAAGUACAUUUAUAACUCACCGUUUUGGAUUGGUGUGCCUGUUGAUGAACAUUUUAAGGUGUAUGUGGACGUACAGCAGUGGGGCAAUGGCGGCUAUCGACCUAGGGCCUUCGAGUAUACCGUAAAGAACUGUGAGGAUGCAUGGAAGCUGUUGCCCGAUCUGAUCCAAGGCGUAAUGAAAUCUGCAGGGCACCCUGUAGAGAAGUGUCCUAUACAGCCAGGAAACUUUACAGCUAACAACUGGGAGGUGGAGGUGGAGGUGAAGAAUAUCCCGACCAUGAUCUACGGAAAGUACAGAGCAAUCCUUACCUUUUUGCACAAGAAAGUCAAAGUGGGCUGUAAUAUAUUCUACGCAGAAGUUGUCCCAAAAAAGUUAGGGUAAUUUUUCAUGUUCAGUAUGAAUUAAAAAUAUUCAAUAAAACUCUAUAACCCUAUUUAUCAACUGAAAUGCCAGUAAUAAUAAUAGUUUUAAUGAGAUUGGGCGGACAGUUGGAUAAUAUAUGUAAACAGCAUUACCAUAUUUUAUUCAGAGGCAACGAUAAAAUAUACUAAUUAAAAACUAAUCAGGUUUAUUUUGUUUAGAGUUGUAAAAUUGUAACUGUAUGCAAUGUAAAGCUAUUUCCAUAUACUAAGUGUGCAAAACAAUAUUUAUUUUUGUUUUGA